UCGAAUUCUGGGGUAGAAAUUCAGAAAACUUCCAGCCUGGGCAGCGCGCGCUUGGUGCAGGACGCAGGAGUAAUCAGCCCGUCCCCCUCCAACUCUACGGUGCCGCUGCCGCCCGCUCCCGCCACCCGAGAAGGAACGGUGCCACCCACCGCUCCGUCCCCUGCCUGCGCCCAGUGCCCGACCGGAUCCCCGCAGAAUCUCCCCAUCCUCCCUUCGCUUUCCGACUGCCCAAGGCGUUAUUUGUUUUCUCUCUCUUUCUCUUUCUUGCUCUGCGAGCGCGGAGCGGGGGGGAAGAGGAGGAGGAAUUCUUUCCCCGCCUAACAUUUCAAGGGACACAAUUCACUCCAAGUCUCUUCCCUUUCCAAGCCGCUUCCGAAGUGCUCCCGGUGACCGCAACUUCUGAUCCCAAACUUAGAGGGGAGCCUCCCAACUUCAAUUCCUCUUUUCCUUCUCCUUCGCUUUCCUCCUCCUCUCACUACCUCCACCUCCACCGCCACCUCCACCUCCGGCACCCACCCACCGCUGCCGCCGCCACCAGCAGCGCCUCCUUCUCUCCUCCUCCUCCUCCCCUCUUCUCUCUUUUUGGCAGCCGCUGGACGUCCGGUGUUGAUGGUGGCAGCGGCGGCAGCCUAAGCAGCAGCAGCCCUCGCCGCACGCCAGCUCUCGCCCACCCCGCCUCAUUCUCCAGCCCUACCUCGCAAUCUCCCGAAAGGUGCCGGGCUGAUUCGGGGCGGCAGAGGCGAAGCGGCUGCAGCGGCGGUAGGAGCGGCGGCGGCAGCGGUAGCGGCGGCGGGAGGCAGGAUGAGCGCACGCGGUGAAGGCGCCGGGCAGCCGUCCACUUCAGCCCAGGGACAACCUGCCGCCCCGGCGCCUCAGAAGAGAGGACGCGGCCGACCCAGGAAGCAGCAGCAAGAGCCAACCGGUGAGCCCUCUCCUAAGAGACCAAGGGGAAGACCCAAAGGCAGCAAAAACAAGAGUCCCUCCAAAGCAGCUCAAAAGAAAGCAGAAGCCACUGGAGAAAAACGGCCAAGAGGCAGACCUAGGAAAUGGCCACAACAAGUCGUUCAGAAGAAGCCUGCUCAGGUAAGAGACAGUCAUUGUGAUUUUUUUCUCCCAAUUAAUGUAAAAAGUAAGACAAAAAAAUUAUGACCCCAAAUAACCUUUAUUUAGUCUUUCUCUAGUUUUGAUUAUGUCAGCACUGUAGUGUUCUUGAAAACUGGUUGUAUCCUUCAGACAUAGUCAAGCAUAUAUAGUCUGAGGUUUUCAAAAAUUCUGAAAGACGUCAAGACCUAAAGUAUACAAAGCAAAUAAAAAUACUUCUAAAAAUAAACCCUUUUAGUGCCUCAUAUAAAACAAAUGCUUAAUCUUCUGAGGUGUUUCGCCCAUACUUAAACAUCAAAUUUUGUCCUUUCCUUCUAAUGAUCCACAUCCCAUUGACUCAAUACAGGACUUAAUAGCUGCAAAGUAUAUCAUGAUCCAUGACUAGAAACAUACCUGUUCAUUGACUUAUUCCCCCCAAAGAAGGCUUGGAAAUUGAAAAGUUUUUAUACUAAUUUUGCUAUUGAUGAACCCUCCGAUCUUAGCUGAAUGAGUCUCUGAAGUCUUUGGCAACAUCAAAAUUAGGAACCGUCUUUAUGGUUCCUCUUGUUCCAAUUAUAAUCUGUACUUAGAAGCAUAAAAAUCAUGUUUAUUGAGAAAGUAUGUCGUGAAUAAUAAAAUAUAAAAAUGUCUUGCUGUUCUCCCUUUUGGGGUUGAAAGAAAUGCCCAGGAGACCUAGGUGUAUCAUGCAAAACCUACCGAAGUAAAUUAUUAAGCAGUAUCACAGGUUACCAAGUUCUUUGUUGAUCUUUCAUAUAAUUUAUCUGUAGGAUCUUUUCCCUAGAGUUCUCUAAAACUGUACCUCUCACCCUGUUCUCUUGAGACAGUGUUGGUUUGCACGGGAAAGACAAUCUCCUGUAUCUACUGUUCUUUGCAAAUGCAGCUUGAAAGAGAAUUGAAGCUUCUAAUCAAAUAUAAGCAUACAGGAAAAAUGUAUCUGAAUAAUUACACACGUGCUUUAUAAUAAAAACAGAGUUUCCAUGAAAAAAAAAUCGUAAUCAUAGGUAUUCCCUUUCCUAAAAGCCAAGAGCGGUAGGGGACACUAAAAAUAAGCACACGAUGUUUCUAAGCAAUAUUAAACAGAGCAAAAUAUAAACAAAAACUUGACAUUUUUAAGUAGGAGAUCCCAAAUAUAUUAUCCUCUCAUCCUUCAUUAGUAGGGAAAUCAAGAGAAAAUGAAUUUAUAAUUUUGUGCACUGGGGUCAAAGUAUAUUGCAGUGUUCACUGUUACAUCAUGGGCUGUGAAUGACAGGUUAAUCAUCUUAGGUGGUCUGUUAAAGCUUUGAUUCAGUCUCUAUUCUUGGGGUUGUAGGGAAGAUAAGGCAAACAAAAACACAGUCACUGCAUAUGAGAAAUGUGUGAUCUAGUUCAGAGGUUCUUAGCCUUGGCUGCAUAUUGGAGUCAACUACAGAUACUAUUAAUAUAAUUAUGUAUAUCCAGUUGUAUAUAUUAAUAUACGCAGUUGACCCUUGAACAACAUGGGUCUGAACUGUGAUGGUCAACUUAAAUGGGGAUUUUUUUUUCACUAACUACUACAGUACCACAGGAUCCAUAGUUGGUUUAAUUGGUGGAUGCAAAAUCACAGAUAUGGAGUGAGGACCAACUAUAGGACUUGAGUAUCUAAGGCAAAUCCUGGAAUCAGCCCACCUCGGAUACUGAAAAACAGACAACUAUAAAUGUGUGUACAUCCUGAACCCUACCCAGUGCUGUAUGCUGGAGCCAGCCCUUGUGAGGCAGUUGUAUCUCUUCCAGAUUCUAUAUUUAGUGAUGUCAAGUAGGUGACUUGAAAUCCAUUUUGGUGGGAGUAGUUACACCAUGAAAAUUGAUAUAUACUAGAAGUCAGGACUUUAUUUUACUGGAGAGCAACUUGUUGAACUUUUACCUGCAUACCACUGGCCCCCACCCUUCAGUGAUACUGAUUAUUUGGUCUGGAAACCCACGCAUUAGUAUUGUAUGAACUCCUCAAGUGAGUAACGUAGAGCCAUGGAUGAAGAUACCCAGUGAACACAUUUGAGAAGACAUUGGAAUAUUUGUUGAGCAAAUGAAUGCACAAUGAGAGUCUGUAUGAGGCACAGCGUGAUACAGAUGAAUGAGUGGGAUGCCCUGUGUCGCCUAAGGGGGAUGAUCCUCGGAAAAAUUUUGAUCUUGUUAUUGUUGAGUUGCAGAAGGGAAAAUGAAGACAUAGAUUAUUCUUUAGGGAAAGAAUAGAAGAUGUUUUAGAUGAGAUGAAUGGCAUAUUCAAAAGUAAAGAGGCAGAGACAGGUAAAUCACUGGUGGAAGUUAUCCACGUGGCUGAAACUGAUUACAAAUUGGGCAAUACUACACCAAGAAAUGAUGUAAGUGACAUCAGACAUUUUUGUCCCAAGAAAAUCAGGAAUAUCAAAGAAAUCACAUGGAUUGGGUUGGUCCUCACUGAUCAGUCUUGCUGUCUUACAGACCAUGCUCCAGAUUUGCCCUUGAAAAGCGAGUUUAGACUCAGAAAAAAAGAACAUGAGCUCACUGGGCUUCCUAAUCUAUAUUGUCUUAAGGACACAGUGAUGAAUUAUAUAAACAUGGGGACUACACGGAAGUUUGUGGAGGAUAAUGUAAAUUUUACACCACAUUCAAAAGAAUCUCUUUUCCAUCUGUUUCUGUCAAAAUACCCUCCUGGAUGGCUUUUCCAUGUGGCAGUCUGGAUUAACUCAGACUCGUAUCCUUUCUAACACUACUUUGAGGGGUUACAUUCAGAUCCUGUUUUGAGGUCGCAAAAAUUUUAGGACAAUUAAAUAUUUUACAUCCAAGAAAAGAACUCAGCAGUGUAUAAGGUGGCCUAGGUUUUGCUUUCUGGCCCCGUCAAUGGAUGAAUUAAUCUCUCUGGUCCCUAUAUAUCCAUCUAUGAACUGGGAAAAUAAUAGUGCAUCUUCAUGUACUCCAAAAGACAUUUUAAGAGUUGUAUAAAUUCCAGGGAAUAUUAUUACAUUCUGACUUAUUUUUGGAUGCUUGGCUUUUCAUUUCUAGAGAUUUGUAUUCUCAAAAAUAUCCAAGGUCUAAUUAGUUCAAAACUACUAUCUUUAUUUACCUUAAGUGUUUUCACUGCAUCUUUUUAAAAUAAAGGAUUUUUUUAACAAAGGGAAAAUUUUAUGAUGAUUUCUACAUAUUAUCAUUAGGACUAAAGCACCUGGCUUGAAUGUAAUUCCAUGUGUAUGAAGUUACAAAGACUCUCAUCUACAGUAUCUAAUGCCAUCAAAUGCUUGUUGUCAUUGUUCAGUCACUAAGUCAUGUCCAAGUCUUUGCGACCCCAUGGACUGCAGCACGGCAGGCUUCCUUGUCCUUCACUAUCUCCUGGAGUUUGCUCAA